AUGGACAUUAAGGACCUGAUAAAUGAGCCAGAACGGCCACGAGUAUAUCUCGACAUUUCAAUUGGUGGCAAGCCCAUUGGUAGAGCCAUUUUCCAACUGUUUAGUGAUAUCGUCCCAAAAACAGCUGAAAACUUUCGGGCCUUGUGCACGGGCGACCGGGGUGUAGGUAAGCUCGGGUACCCGCUGCACUAUAAGGGUUCCAAGUUUCACCGCGUUAUUAAAAACUUUAUGAUCCAAGGCGGUGACUUUACGGUGGGCAACGGAACAGGCGGCGAAUCCAUUUAUGGCGAGCGAUUCCCCGACGAACAGCCCUUACAAACAUCAUCAGCCACAACAGCACCAACCCACGAGCCGUUUGUGCUCUCAAUGGCCAACUCCGGGCCUAAUACCAAUGGCUCGCAGUUCUUCAUCACAACCCUUGCCACCCACCAUUUGGACGGCAAACAUGUGGUUUUUGGCCGACUUUUGGCAGGCAAGUCUGUGGUGCGUACCAUUGAGCAUACAGCCACUGGCGCCAACGACAAGCCUGUGCAGGAUGUGGUGAUUACGGAUUGUGGAGAGCUUCCUGCAACAGCCAGACUGGAGGAUUACAUUGUGACGGAUGGGACUGGAGAUCCAUAUGAGGAUUUCCCAGAUGAUGAAGAAUCGGUCAAGGCUCCGGAUGAUGAUCCGGGUCCUCCUCUUGCAGCGGCUGAGAAGAUUAAGCAGAUUGGCACGACGUUGCUGAAACAGGGCACGACUCAAGACAAGAAGCUUCUUGCGUUGGCCAAGUACCGUAAGGCGCUGCGUUACAUUAAUGAGUAUCUUCCUGACCCAGAUAAACACCCUGGGGCGUACCGGCAGUUUCUGAAGCUCAAGACGGCGCUGCAUUUGAAUAUUGCGCUUGUUGCGCUACAGGUAGGACAGUUUGGUGAUGCCCAGCGGGCGGCCAACAAUGCUUUGGAUGUUUCUGGGAUUACGCCACAAGAGCGGGCCAAGGCGCUUUACAGACGUGGUGUAGCAAGUGCGCGGAGCAAGAAUGAGGAGGGAGCGGUUGUGGACUUUGAAGCUGCACUCAAGAUUGUGCCUGGAGACGUGGCCAUUGUGAAUGAGCUUGCACGGGUGAGGCAGGUCAUGCAAAAGCGUCGCGAGGGGGAAAAGGCGGCGUACUCAAAGUUUUUUGGGAAAUAA